AGUUUUUCCAAAUGCUCCGCCAGCACCUGGUAUGCCUUGUCAAGGGGAAGACAGAAGUAUAUACAGGAGAGGAGCACGAAGAUGGAGGAAACUUUAUAGAGUUAAUGGACAUAUAUUUCAAGCAAAAAGGUUUAAUAGGAGAGCAUUCUGCGCCUUCUGUCAGGAUAGAAUAUGGGGUCUCGGACGGCAAGGAUUCAAAUGCAUUCAGUGCAAGUUAUUGGUUCAUAAAAAGUGCCAUAAGUUAGUCCAAAAGCCAUGUAGUAAUGAAGCAGUUGAGCCCAUUGUAAAAGAGGAAUCAAACGGCGACACACCGAGGAUAAGUACUCCAACAACUAUAGAAGAUCCCAUAUUAGAGGACCAUCCAGUAGAAGACCCUAUUGAAGACCCCUCUAAGUGUGAUGAGAGUCUAGAGCCUGGUACACAGAGGCAAUAUUCAAUAGCUGAUUUUGAAUUAAUCAAAGUAAUUGGACGUGGAUCAUAUGCUAAAGUUCUAAUGGUAGAGCUGAAGAAAACGAAAAGGAUUUAUGCAAUGAAAGUGAUCAAAAAGGCUUUGGUUACCGAUGAUGAGGACAUAGACUGGGUACAAACCGAAAAGCAUGUAUUCGAGACUGCUUCAAACCAUCCAUUCCUUGUUGGACUCCAUUCCUGCUUCCAAACUCCAUCUCGGCUGUUUUUCGUGAUUGAAUUCGUUCGAGGAGGGGACCUCAUGUUCCACAUGCAAAGGCAACGUAGGCUUGCUGAAGAGCAUGCUAGGUUUUAUGCUGCAGAAAUUAGUUUAGCACUAAAUUUCCUCCACGAACGAGGAAUUAUAUAUCGAGAUUUAAAAUUAGAUAAUGUACUUCUUGACCACGAAGGUCAUAUAAAGUUAACAGAUUACGGAAUGUGUAAAGAAGGAAUUAGAGCAGGAGAUACCACUUCGACAUUCUGUGGCACACCAAACUACAUUGCACCUGAAAUACUAAGAGGAGAAGACUAUGGGUUUAGUGUGGACUGGUGGGCAUUGGGAGUAUUACUGUAUGAAAUGUUAGCCGGUAGGAGUCCAUUCGAUAUAGCUGGUGCUUCUGAAAAUCCUGAUCAGAACACGGAAGAUUUUCUUUUCCAAGUCAUUCUUGAGAAGACCAUUCGAAUUCCAAGGUCGCUUUCGGUAAAGGCAGCGUCCGUGUUGAAAGGAUUCCUGAAUAAGAAACCCCAGGACAGGUUAGGCUGCAGUAAAGAGACUGGCUUUAUGGACAUUGUCAAUCACCCAUUUUUCAAGAGUAUUGAUUGGGAAAUGCUGGAGCAGAAGCAAGUACCGCCGCCGCACAAGCCCAGGUUAGACUCCGACAGGGACUUGGCCAACUUCCCACCAGAGUUCACCGGCGAGCCCGUGCAGCUCACACCAGACGAUCCGUGAGU